UCUCGCUUUGUGUAGAGGGAAGAGUCACGCCAUCGAGACAGAACAUGCCUUAAUUCUGAAAAGUUGAUGAAAAAUAAAAGUAUAGUCGACAAUCACCUUGGGAAGCGAGGAGUAAAAGUUUUAUUUUGAAAGGCUGGGUUUGAUUCGUUCGUGCCGGAAUGAAGUCUGCCCAAACCCAAAUAUCUCUCCUCGCUGGGCUGCUCUUUCUUCUGUCGGGACUCUCACUUGUCACCGCCUGUAAUAAAGCACUGUGUGCGAGCGAUGUCAGCAAGUGUCUGAUUCAGGAGUUGUGUCAGUGUCGGCCGUCCGAAGGCAACUGCUCGUGCUGCAAGGAGUGUAUGCUCUGUCUCGGCACGCUGUGGGAGGAGUGCUGCGACUGUGUGGGAAUGUGCAACCCCAAGAACUACAGUGACACACCGGCCACGUCCAAGAGCACAGUGGAGGAGCUCUACCGACCAAUCCCGUCGCUCUUCCGCGCCCUCACCGAAGGCGACGCACCCAUCAACAUGAUGGUGGUGUCCUUCCCUGUGGCCGAGGAGCUCUCCUACCACGAGAACCUGGUCUCCUUCCUGGAGACGAUGGAGGACCAGCAUCAAAACAUCUCGCUGCCUGGAAACAGCAUCCACGCCACAUACGAUACCAGCCAAGCCAACAGCAUGUGCACCGUGGUGUACUUCGACGACUGUGUGUCCAUCCACCAGUGCAAGCAGUACUGUGAGUCCAUGGGAGGAUCCAAGUACCGUUGGUUCCACAACGCCUGCUGCGAGUGCAUCGGCCCAGAGUGCUUGGACUAUGGCAGCAAAGCUGUCAAAUGCAUGAACUGCCUCUUCUGAUCGAUGGAAGCUACUUUGGGUGGGCCCCAGGAGGGUGUCAUUAUUGUCGGUGCCAGAGGGGGGCACUCUAUCGGGACAACAGGGAUAUAGAUCAUGUCAACAGAGGGAUUUGUCUUGUAAAAAAUACAGUAUGCUACAAUAUUGUGAUGGAAAAUAUUAGCCCUUAUUUUAAUGUUUUUGUUUCUGUUGUUUACCCUGUAUAAAUAACACACUACGUUUUAUAGCUCUGUAGCAAAUAUAUAUAUAUGGAUUUUUUUUUUUGUCUUUAAACUUCCACGAAUGUAGAUGCUAGUCUGCCGCUCUUCCAGCUUUGGUACGUUGGUUCAUAUUAUACCAAAUAAACCAUUUUGAGAUAAAUAUAGAGGUUGAUAGUAUUUGCAGUUAAGAUUCCUUCUGCUGCCAUUUACUCCACCUACUACAUGUCUGGACAUAGUUAUUCCAAUUCCAGAUGUUUUUUUUAUUAAAUGCACAUCAUGUUUUUUUAUGUAAACUAUAAAGAGAAUGUAUUUCAUCGGCUUUGACUUUGUGACUUGGAAGAGAAACAGGAAUUCUUAAAACACAAACCCCAACCA